AUGGCCAUUUUUUCGCGUUUCCGACCUGCCGUCUUUCAAACGUCAUCUGCUGGAAAGGAGCCUUCGUUUGUGAACGAAAAGGAAAAAGAGCUCGAUGCUGAGAGCGCCUCCUCAAGCAACGGCAACGAAGAACCACAACCAGAUCGACCUGCCGAUGAAGCACAACAAGGCGUUAAACGUGCCGAGGCCGUGACUUUAACUUGGUCGAAGACUACAUUGGUUGCUGUUUUGAUAAACGUUUGGUUCCUUUACUUUGUUAAUGCCAUGCAAUCCUCAGUCUCUUAUAGUUUGAUCCCCUUUGUUACCAGCGAGUUCUCUUCUCACUCACUUAUCAAUGUGAUCUACAUUGUCGCAAGUGCCAUGUCAGCCGCAACGUACAUUCCUUUGGCUAAGGUGAUUGACGUCUGGGGUCGUGCUGAAGGUUACCUUAUCAUGUGCGUGUUCGCUACUUUGGGCCUAGUGUUAAUGGCCGUAUGUACCAAUCUCCCCACUUUCUGCGCUGCCUAUGUGUUCUACUCCAUAGGCUUCGGUGGUAUGAUCUUUUGCCUCGCUAUCAUCACAGCUGAUGCUUCCCGACUGAAGAAUCGAGCUUUGGUAUACGCUUUUAUCAACACUCCAUACAUUAUCACAGCCUUCGCCGGUGCCAAAAUGGCAGAAGACUUCUACUACGACAUCAGCUGGCGCUGGGGUUAUGGAACUUUUUGUAUUGUUUUCCCCGUCGUGGCCGCUCCACUUUACUUUGUUCUAAAGUAUAACCUUCGCAAGGCUGAAAAGCAAGGCAUUUUGACGAAUGAAAAGAGUCAGCGUACAUUCAUACAGAAGAUCUGGUACUAUACCAUCGAAUUCGAUAUUGGUGGUGUCUUCUUGUUCUCGGCCGGUCUCACAAUCUUCCUUCUUCCGUUCAACAUUGCUAGUAGCGCACCCAAUGGCUGGGCCUCCGACUACAUUAUCGCCAUGCUUGUUGUCGGAUUCGUUCUGCUCGUUCUUUUCGCCCUCUAUGAGAAGUAUAUCGCUCCCGUGCCAAUGAUCGACUUUAGCAUACUGACGGACCGUACCAUUGUCGGCGCAUGUUUGAUCAAUGCAACAUACUCGAUUUCCUACUACUGCUGGUAUAACUACUUUACAUCCUUUUUGCAAGUGGUCAACAACGUCACCAUAGCCGAAGCUGGUUAUAUCGGCCACACUUUUGAAGUCGUCUCCGGUCUCCUUUUGCUGGGAGUUGGCUACUUGAUGCGUAGAACUGGUCGCUUCAAGUGGCUAUUGUAUAUUGCUGUACCCCUCUAUAUCCUGGCACAAGGUUUGAUGAUCUACUUCCGCCGCCCCAACCAAUCUGUCGGCUUUCUUGUCAUGUGCCAAGUCUUUACCUCCAUCGGUGGAAGUGUUUUCAUCAUGAUGGGCCAGAUCGCUGUAUUGGCUGCCGUCGACCAUCAGCACAUCGCCGUAGCUCUUGCCUUCCUUUACGUAGUUGGUACGAUCGGCAGUGCUCUAGGCGCUACCAUUUGCGGUGCAAUCUGGAGCAACACGUUUGCACCUGCACUUGCCCAAUAUCUUCCCGAGGAAUCCAAAGCGAACUUGACAUCGAUUUACACAAACUUGAACACUCAGCUCAGCUAUGAGGUCGGAUCGGCUACAAGAAUCGCUAUCCAAGAAGCGUACGGCUAUGCGCAAACGAGAAUGCUUGCGGCUGGAACCGCAAUUAUGGCGCUAUGCUUUAUUUGGACCCUUCUGGUCAGAAACAUUAACCUCAACGACGUUAAACAAGUCAAGGGCAUGGUCUUUUAA